UCUGUUAAGUAUUAUAUACCAGGUAAAAAGUAAAACCAAAGCGUAAAACGCGUUUUUAUCGCGCCACGCCUGCACGCUGUGACAGUCCUGUACGUAAUGACGUCACUGGCUUCGCUGUCGUAACCAGAACAGAGAAGGGGAUCCAGGACAAGCGUUUCUACAGACAGACUUUCUAGACGAAUCUCCAUCAUGGCAUUGAGGAACAUGUGUCGACUCUUGGCUCAACCUCAGAGAUGUAACAUCCUUUCAAUAAGUAGAGCUCAGGGCACUGCAGCAGCUGCCAGAUUGGAUGCAGAGAAGACUGAGAAAUCGAAAGCACCUAAAGUCCAGUUCAACUGGCGUGAUGCUCUAGACCUGGAAGGCCUACUAACAGAGGAGGAGGUCAUGAUCAGAGACUCUUUCAGAACCUACUGCGAAGACAAACUGAUGCCUCGUAUCGUUUUAGCAAACAGAAAUGAAGUAUUUCACAGAGAAAUUGUGUCGGAAAUGGGGGAGAUGGGGGUCCUGGGUCCAACCAUUAAAGGGUACGGCUGUGCCGGGACGAGCUAUGUGGCCUACGGUUUGAUUGCCAGGGAAGUAGAAAGAGUGGACAGCGGCUAUCGUUCAGCCAUGAGCGUGCAGUCGUCACUCGUCAUGCAUCCCAUCAAUGCCUACGGCACCGAGGAGCAGAAACAGAAGUACCUGCCCAAGCUGGCUCGUGGCGAGAUCCUGGGUUGUUUCGGUCUGACGGAGCCAAAUCAUGGCAGCGACCCAAGCAGCAUGGAGACCAGAGCCAAGUACAACCCGUCCAGUCGCACCUACUCCCUCACAGGCUCCAAAACCUGGAUCACCAACUCCCCGCUGGCGGACAUUGCGGUGGUAUGGGCCAAGUGUGACGACGGGAAAAUUCGCGGCUUCAUUCUGGAGCGUGGCAUGAAAGGUUUGUCCACUCCGAAGAUUGAGGGAAAGUUCUCCCUGAGAGCGUCUGCCACCGGCAUGAUCCUCAUGGAUGAGGUGGAGGUUCCAGAGGAGAACCUGCUGCCUAAUGUGUCCGGCCUUGGGGGUCCAUUUGGCUGCCUGAACAACGCUCGUUACGGCAUAGCGUGGGGCGCUCUAGGUGCGGCAGAGUUCUGUUUCCAUGCAGCUCGGCAGUACACACUGGACAGGAUCCAGUUCGGAGUGCCACUUGCAAGGAAUCAGCUGAUGCAGAAAAAGAUGGCCGACAUGUUGACGGAGAUCACAAUCGGACUGCAGUCCUGUCUGCAGCUGGGAAGACUCAUUGAUGAGAAAAAAGCGGCCCCGGAGAUGAUCUCCAUGCUGAAGAGGAACAGCUGCGGUAAAGCCCUGGAUAUCGCCAGGCAGGCCCGGGACAUGCUGGGAGGAAACGGCAUCGCGGAUGAGUACCACAUCAUCCGACACGUCAUGAACCUGGAGGCUGUCAACACGUAUGAAGGUACCCAUGAUAUCCACGCUUUGAUCCUGGGCAGAGCCAUCACCGGGCUGCAGUCCUUCACUGUGGACAAGUAGACCUAAAUUCUUAGUGCCGUUUUCCAUCAAGCUGGAGUCUGCCAUCUCAUACGACAUAUGCUUGUAAUGCCUAUUUAAAAAAUUAGAGAUAUUUUUGUAAUUUCACAAAAAUGCAGUGAUUUGUGUUGGAUGUUUCAUUUUGUAUCAAGACAAAUAUUGAAGAAGAACUCUCAAGGUCAACAAUCACAUUCGGUUACUGAUGUCUGAUAAGGUAAUUCAGCUAAAGAUAAUAACAUGGUCUCAACUGUUUGGGAUGAUGCAUCAUGCACUUUAUUGGUUCUUUCUCUAAUAUGAUCAUGAUUUUGCAUGGUUUGCCAGAGGUCAGCGUUUUGCAUCAGGGCUUUCAAUAAAACAUUUAAUAGUUAA